AUGGCGGCACCAGCAGAAUCCGAGUUCGCCUCGCCGAUUCCUCAAACUAAUCCGGGUUCGUACGAAGAACUUCACCGCAAGGCACGCGAUGUGUUCCCGACGUGCUUCGAGGGCGCGAAGCUUAUGGUGAACAAGGGACUCAGCUCGCACUUCCAGGUUAGCAUUUAGAUUAGAAUACGACAAGAACAGAACUUGUGAUUCAGGUCUCACACACUCUUUCUCUCUCGGCUAUGAACACUGGAUACCGAUUCGGAGCCACCUACGUAGGAACAAAUCAGGUUGGGUUUGAGAACAGUAGAGUGAAACUCAAGUACAUUAGCUCAGGUAGGACCAGCCGAAGCAUACCCGAUUCUUCUUGGAGACACUGACGUCAGUGGAAACACCACAGCAACAAUUCUGCAUCAGAUCGGUAAGAAGGGAAGGGCAAUGCCAGCAACAGCAUUCGAUUCGUUUCAGGAAUCUACCGAACGAAGAUCCAGGGACAGAUUCAGCAAGGAAAAUUGGCUGGUGCUCAGGCUACGGUCGAGAGAAAGUGGGCGAAUCUGCAGUGGGAAAAUUGUACGAUUGAAUUGAUUGCAGGGGUCGUCUCAGCACUUUGGGUCUCACUCUGGCUAACGUGGACCUUGUUAAUGAAUCCGGAAUCCUUGUUGGACAGUUCCUCCGGAGACUGACGCCGCGCUUCGACGUAGGAACUGAGAUGGUCUACCAGUACGGAAAGAAUAUUCCAGGUAGCCGUAUUUUCAGAGAACCAAUGCAUAGAUACUUUAUUUCAGGCGGUCAGAUCUCGGUUCUCUCGUAUGCUGCUCGUUACACAGCCCAGAACUUCAUCGCCGCCGGAACCGUCGGAGCAUCCGGUAUUUAAUAAAUUUUAAAAACAUUCUUAUCGAAUUUACCGUUUCCAGGAGUACAUCUCACUUAUUUCCACAAGCAGCACGACAACCUGGCCUUUGGAGUAGAGUUCGAGUGCAAUGCGAACGUCGGAGAGGCAUGCACCACGUUGGCCUACCAGACUGAGCUUCCAGAAGAGGGCGUCACCAUGAGAGCCAGCUUUGAUACCAACUGGUGUGUAAUUCACUUCAUAGGGAUGCUCAACCCUCAUUUAUUUCAGGUCGGUCGGAGCUGUGUUCGAGAAGCGUCUCAGUCAACAAUUGCCAUUCACCUUGGCUCUGUCGGGUACUCUAAAUCACGUGAAAGCCGCCGGAAAGUUCGGAAUCGGACUCAUCAUUGGUUAA